UACUUAUUUAUUCGAUACAAUGUAGUUUACCGAAAUGCAAUAUUAACAAUACCAAACAAAGUGUAUUAAUUUUAAGUUAAAACUCGUACUAAGUCAGCAUGAUAGCGCUUCUUUAUAUCACUACAGCCGCGUCAUACGUUUAUCAGUGCGACGACACAGAAUCAGUAGCUGAGUAAUUUUUUUUUCAACACAGAGACAAAAUUGUUGGUACUACCACUAGCUCGCCCGCAGUCAGAAGUUAACCAGCAACUGGAAAGCUCAACCAAAGCAUGUCUCUAAGCGUAGAAACCAAGCUAACAACAACGUACGAAGGCCAAAAGCCAGGCACCAGCGGACUGCGUAAAAAAGUGAAAGUGUUCACGCAGCCCAACUAUACGGAAAACUUUGUGCAAUGCAUUCUGGAUGCUAACGGCGCAGCUCUGGUGGGAUCCACUCUGGUUGUAGGAGGCGAUGGACGUUACUACUGCAAGGAGGCAGCUGAACUCAUUGUUCGAAUCUGUGCAGGCAACGGAGUGGCCAAGCUGCUGGUGGGUCAGAAUGGAAUACUUUCGACGCCAGCCGUCUCCAGCCUAAUACGUCACAACAAAGCGUUGGGUGGUAUUGUGUUGACUGCGUCGCAUAAUCCUGGCGGUCCGGAGAACGAUUUCGGCAUCAAGUUCAACUGUGAGAAUGGAGGUCCUGCACCCGAUGCCUUCACCAACAACAUUUACCAGCUCUCGACUGGUAUAAAAGCCUACAAACUGGUGCCUGCCCUGCAGAUUGACAUCUCAAAGGUGGGCGUCAGCAAUUAUGACAUUGGCGGCAAGCAUUUUGUUGUGGAGGUCAUUGAUUCUGUAGCUAAUUAUGUGCGUCACAUGGAGGAGAUCUUUGACUUUGGUAAAUUGCACGAUUUUGUCAGCGGAAAAUCGAAUGGAAAGCCAUUAAGGAUGCGUAUAGAUUCUAUGAAUGGUGUGACUGGCGCCUAUGUGCGUGAGAUCUUUCUGAAUCGGUUGGGUGCUACAGAAACAUCAGUGGUUCACACCAUUCCACUACCCGACUUUGGCGGACUGCAUCCUGAUCCGAAUUUGACGUACGCUAAGGAUUUAGUAGAGACUGUGGCCAAAGGAGAUUAUGAUAUUGGCGCCGCCUUCGAUGGCGACGGCGAUCGCAACAUGAUCAUUGGCAGCAAGGCUUUCUUUGUAACCCCAAGCGACUCAUUGGCGGUCAUAGCACACUACCUCGAGGCUAUCCCAUAUUUCAAGAAGAAUGGCGUGCAGGGCUUUGCGCGCAGCAUGCCCACUGCCUCAGCCGUAGAUCUAGUAGGCAAGAAGCUGGGGAAAGAGGUAUUUGAAGUACCCACCGGCUGGAAAUACUUUGGCAAUCUCAUGGAUGCUGGACGUCUCUGUCUAUGUGGUGAGGAGAGUUUCGGCACCGGCUCCGCUCACAUACGAGAGAAAGAUGGUAUUUGGGCGGUGCUGGCGUGGAUUUCGGUUAUGGAACACACGGGCAAGAGUAUCGAGGAUAUUCUAAAGCAGCAUUGGUCCACCUAUGGGCGCAACUACUUCACACGCUACGAUUACGAGGAAUGUGAUCUGGAUCCCUGCAAUGAGAUGAUGGCCACCAUGGAGAAAAACAUCAUAGCUGCUGAAUUUGUAGGCAAGAGCUUUACCAGCGGAGGCAAGACUUACAAAGUCAAGAAGGCGGACAAUUUCAGCUACACAGACCCUGUUGACAAAUCCUUGGCAACCAAGCAGGGAUUGCGUAUUGUAUUCGACGAUGGCAGCCGCAUUGUGAUGCGCCUUAGUGGUACAGGCAGCUCAGGAGCUACCGUACGCUUGUACAUCGACUCUUAUGAGAAAGAGAAUGUGCUGGGCCAGGCGGGUGUCAUGCUAAAGCCGCUAAUAGAUAUUGCAUUGGAAAUAUCGCAGCUUCCGAAGUUUACUGGCCGCAAUGCGCCCACUGUCAUUACAUAAGCGAAAGCUGCUCAAAAUAAACUAACAUUUAGAUGUUGUCCCCACUUCGUUCCGGAAUUUGUUUUACUAAAAUGUUUUAGCUUCAACCAAAGUUUAAGAAAUUAAAAUUAUUAUUGAUAAUUAAAUGUUAAAAAUUGCGCACAUUUGAACACACAAUACAAGUAAUUAAAUUCAUAUUCCAUUCGGACAAG